CCCUUGGAGAUCAAAAUGAAUCCUCUGGAUCUGGGCCUGGAAGGCUCCUCUCUGAAUGAUGUUCUCUAUAAACACACAGCCUUCCCAAAUCUGGUGGACCCCAUCUCCCAUGACUUGCUAAUGAGCUUGGCUCGUGACAUCCAGUGCCCAAAGAAGGAAGUGGAGCCCCUGAAAUCCUCUGAGAAACUUUGCCGACAGCUCAUCUACCACCUGACCCCACAUUCCAAGUGGCACAGGCAGACUGUGCCCAGGCAGAAGUCACAAGCCUGCUUAAAAGUUGCAUUGCAGAAAAAUCUCACCACUGAUUCCCUGGAUCUAUCAGGAAUGCCACUCUCUCCCAGGGACAUUCACCGUGUGGCAUAUUACUUGCAGCUGAACCGAGACCAUCUGACUUCCAUCGAUUUAAGUUUCACCGAGUUGGCAGAUGAAAGCCUACGACUUUUGUUGCCCUUGCUAGCAACCCUUCCAAAACUAACCAACCUGGCACUGAAUGGGAACCGACUGACACGGCUCAUUGUCAAUGAAAUGACCGAGAUGAUGAAGGAGCCAAACAAGUAUCCUGCACUGUCCUGGAUUGACCUAGGGAACAACGCAGACAUCUGCUCCAUGCCCCAGCCUCUUCUGGUGGGGCUACGGCGGCGCUGCAGCCUACAAGGGGCACUGCCCACUAUCCAGGAGUACACAGAAGGACAGCCCAGUGACCAGGAGAUGGUGCCAGAGGAGGAGGUCACCCACUCAGAGCAGGAUGAAGAUGGUCACUGGCCCACAGUGCAAAGGGAAAUUGGUCCACAGGGCUGCUGCCAGAGAUGAUUGCGUAUCAGUGAGAGGUUUGAGUUUUUGUUCAGUAAAGGCGUGCUCUAAACCUAGUUUGGGUUUCAGCCAGUUGUUAUACCCCUAGGCCAAAUGAAUUGCCAUUUAUUUGAAAGCCUAUCCCAGCAAAGUAUCUUUAUAGAUCCCGUAAAUUGUCCAAGAGUGAAUUUUAUAUCUCAUGAUCUUCAGUCUGGGUAUCAUUAGACAGUGAAGCUGAUGAAACUUCUUCUUUCGUUGGCUGGUAGCAUCAACUCCUUAAAGAAAAGAAACAAAAUGUUGACUUUUGUGCAAAAAUCUUCCAAACUUUCAGAAAGGAAGAUGCAAUGUCAACAUGGCCUGGUACAUCACAACAAGAACAGGAAGCCGCUUGUCAGCUGUCCAAUGUGUUUGUGUUUUGGUCAUCACAAAACUAAUGACUUUGAAUAUUGACUGAGUGUGUUGUGUCGUGUAGAACUGUCACAUGGCUGGAGGAACACUUUCCAGCUAAAAUUUUCAAGCACCGUAGAAUCCACAAAGACUCACUGUGAAAUAUAAAAAAACCCGUCAGAUAUGAAUCUGUCACGUGUGUGUUGUGUAAUUAUGUGUGCAUGUAUUGUGUAUGCAUGCGUGUUGUGUAUACGCAUGUGUGCCUGCUCCUAUUUAAAUGUCGUGUUGGUAAUAUUUUCCAGUUCUAGUGAGGAGUCUGCAGUCUUAACUGCCAUGAUCGCUACACAGAGACUGAAUCUAUCCAGAUCUAUCUUUUACUUGUUUCAGAUUUCCAGCAACUGCUGCUUGUUAGUUUUUCCAUGGAUGUCGACUGACUUGUGCAUUUUGGCCAACUCUAAACUUUUGUACAUAUAACCAUAUAGUUCAUUUCAGCUGUGAACAUACAGAGCUCUGUAACAUGCCCCCAGUUGUUCAUAUGCUGACAUCUGUGAUUCAACCUCACAAACGUCUCUCCUAACUACAUUUGACAAUUAUUUGUUCAUUUGUUUUCCCAUUUUCAGCAAAAAGUUAU